AUGUUCUCUUUUCUCAGCACAUUCUUGGAUGUUAUUAAGGUUGUUGUUGCUUCCGUGACUUCCGUAAUCUUAUUUGCCUUUGCGGGUCUAACACUCGCCGGUUCAGCCGUGGCAGUAGUUGUAUCCACACCGCUUUUCCUCAUAUUCAGUCCAAUUCUUGUUCCCGCCACUAUAGCCACUACUCUCCUAGCCUCUGGGCUCACGGCCGGUGCUACCCUCGGAAUCACCGCCAUUAGUCUCAUCAUCGGGCUCAUCAAGACAGCGGAAGGAACUUCGUUGGCACGGUUAGCCCAAACACCAUUGAAAAUGUUAAAGAUUUCGGGUGGAUUUGGAGGAUCAUGGGGAGGAAAAUCAAUUUCUGGAACAUUUGGAAAUAAUAAAGGUGGUGGAUCUCAAGGGUCCGGAAAGAUGCCAGGAUGGUUAAAAGACCUACUCAAAGGUAUGUCAGCGGGUGGAGUGGCACCUGCGCCACCCGCAGCAGGAGGAGCUACACCACCAGGAUAA